CCUAAAACCCUAAUUUUUAUUAACUCGAAUCGCUUUGUCUCCGACCCGACGAAGCAUCUCGCGAUGAACGUAGACGAUGACGGUACGUCGGGGGCAUUGGCGCCGCCGACGAGAGCUAGACAUAUCGGGAAGAGAGCUCUAAAGAACAAAAGCGUCACCGUCUCUUUUGAUGAGAAAGAUCUCAAGGAUUUUGUGACUGGGUUUCACAAGAGGAAGAAGAAAAGAAGAAAGGAAGCUCAGAAGCAGCAGGAUGAAUGUUUGAGGCGGAAGCGUAUCGAGGCUCGUAAGAAGAGGAAGUUGGAAGAGAUGAUGGUGGCGGGUCUUGGUGAGGAAACUGAAGUUGGAGAAGGAGAAGCUGAUGAGAAGGAUGCAGAGAAUGAAGAAGCAGAGCCUGAUGCUUCAACAUCUGGAACGGCGAUGUAUGAUACAGGGGAGCUGAAAGUAACUGUGACAACAAGCGAGAUAUCUCGUGAGGAGGACGAGCCUGUUCGCAGGGAGAAGACCCAAUCAACAGAAUCCGGUUCUACUGCCAAAGCUUCCACAUCACAGCCGGCGCCUUUGAGGAAACCCAAACCCUCGAAGAAGAACCGAAGGUCUAGCACCAAAACUAUGAAGAAAAGGGAUAAGAAGAAAAAAGCAAGAGGGAUCAAGAGCACGCGGUAGUUAAAGAGGGAUUUGUGUUGUUUCUUUUGAAAACUCUCAAGCGUUUGAUGCGGUUGAAAUUGCGUGUUAACAAUCAGAUAAUGUUUUGUCUUUUUAGUAACAAGAACUUAAUCAAAUCACAUUAUGUUUACGAA